AAUUACAGUUUUUUUUUUGUCUGUUCAGUUUUGUUGCGAUUUUCGGCUGUUAGUAUUCUCCGUUUGCUCGCUUCAGUUCUUCCAUCUUCGUCUCUCUCCCUGCUUCCGAUUCCCUCAAUCUCUCUUUUGUCUGAAACCCUAAUCAUUUCCAUGGCAUCUAAUUCUUCUCGUCGCAUCUCCGUUCAUCAAGCGCUCGGUGGUGGUUAUGUGGCUGAUGUGCUGUUAUGGAGGAAAUGGUGUGGAGGGGCUGUCAUACUAACGUCUACAACAGCUUUGUGGUACCUGUUCGAAAGAGCCGGUUACAACUUUUUGUCUUUUGUCGCCCAUGUUCUAUUGCUUCUCGUCGUCAUUCUUUUCUUCUGGGCCAAGUCUGCUUCCCUUCUCAAUAGACCUCUACCUCCACUUCCUGAUCUGGAAAUUUCUGAGGAAUCUGUUUCAAUGGUCGCUGAAGAACUGAGAUUUUGGAUCAAUUAUGCACUAUCAAUUGCACGUGAUAUUGCAAUAGGCAGAAACCUUAAACUCUUUCUUCAGGUUGCUCUUGGACUAUGGAUUGCAUCAUUCGUUGGAAGUUUCUUUAAUUUUCUUACGCUGGUCUAUAUCGGGGUUCUUCUAAGUCUUUCAGUUCCUCUAGUGUAUGAUAACUACCAGGAUCGCAUUGAUGAAAAGUUAUGUGUAGCUUAUAGAUAUGUACAGAUUCAAUACAAGAAGCUUGAUGAGACUGUCUUAAGGAAGAUACCAUUACCCUUAAACAAGGAGAAGAAGAUGCAAUAGACAUAGUACUCGCUUGACGUUUGGUAACUUCAAAAGAAACGCACAUUGGCUUUCAACAGGAUGAUCAGUAGAUCAGCAGAUUUUGAUCAGAGGCACUAAGAUUGCAUUUAUAAGCGAUGUACUUCAGAAUACUAGAUUUUUUUAGAAAGUUGUGGUAUAUAGUUUAACAUAAAUGUAUUCUGACAAUGACUUUGGGGUGAGAACUAAAAUCACUAGCGUUUGGUUUUGGAUUGAAAUAUUGUGUCUCGGCUUCCCUGGUUUCCCACUCUGGGUUCUGUACUCUUGAUUUUUGCAACUGUACUCUGCUAUUUCAACUAAAUGAAGAUGAAAUUUUCAUGGAUUGGAACAUU